UAUAAAUCCUCCUUUACAGGAGCCCUCGAUCUCAGCCGCUUGCAAAACAGAAGUCUCGUCUCUAUUCUUUAUUUUCUUCACGCUAGAUUGAUGGAAAACUCUUUGAGUUCAUGUAUUAACAAAGCUGUUGCUUCAAAAGGAACCACAAACAGCCCUGAAGAGAGUGGUUGGACUGCAUACUUUGAAGAUUUCUCAAGUUAUGAAGGACACAGUUCCUCUAAUUCUAGUUUUCAUACCUCUUCUGGGGUCUCUGAUGCUGCUUCUUCUGCUGCAUGGAAAAAUCCCAAUAGCAAUCUGAAGAUUCCCAAGAGAUUGAGCUUCAAGAAAACAAGAACCAAAAUAAUUUCUCUUGACGAUUCUUUGGAGGAUACUGCUAGCUCCCCAGUUAGUAGUCCCAAGGUUGGUGAUUUGGAACCAGGUGAUAUGAAUCCAAGAAAGGCACAUGAUCAUCAUAUUAUUAGUUCCUUGAGCAAGGCAGAUAAUUUAUAUCAUUAUCCAGAACUGCAGGCAGAUGAUGAAAGAAGGGAAAUCAUGAACUUUGGUGGAAAGAAUAAUCAUGACUACACAGAUUUAAGGAAGAGGGGACUGUGCUUGGUUCCUUUGUCCAAGUUAGUGAACUAUUUUGGUUAAUUUUCCACGAUAAUAUCUGCCUCUCUCAGUCUCCCUCCCAUCUUCCUUCAGUACUUAGGUAAAGAUCAGGCGUUAAUUUCCAGGAUAGAUAACGAAGCAAUAUUACCUGAGCAGAUUAAUAACAGGAAACGCACUGAGACAAUAGAAAGCAUUUAUUUAUUUAUUGUUAUCUUUUACUGGUGGCUUGAUCUACAUCUUAAAAAUUAUUCAGCUAUUUGGUAAUUCACGGAAACUUGAAUAUCGACAGAGAAUAUUUAUAUGUUUGCGAGAAAUCAGGGACUGAUGAGACAUUUUCAAGAAUGAUAGAGCUCUUAUUGGCGUUGAUCUUGGAACGUCCUCGAUCCAAUGUUGAGGGUGCAACAUUAAGCUGGUUCCCAUCCCUUAUUGAUUGAAAUCGGUAUAGGUAUCUAGAGCAAUUGGCAGAGCAAUCUAGAUCAGCGUCGUGCAGAAACUUGAAAGUUCAUGCUAAAGGCACUACGUACGUGUAAGAUUAAGGGAAAUAUUUUAUCGGAUAAAUUAAUCUGGUCUUCCUUUGGUUAGGAUUAAACAAUGUUGUCUUAUCAUGAUGAUAAGUCUGGAUUAAGUUGAUCAAUUAAGUUGAUUGGAUGCAUGAUUGUAUUUAUGAGAGUCUAGAUUGGAUUCUGAG